GAAGGUAUGGAGGAUUUUCAAACACCAGAAGAGUUUGGGGAACGGGAACACACUGUGCAAAGAGUGAGGUUCAUAAAGACAAGGUUUGAUAAGUUUGUUGUGAAGGAACUCCAGUGGCCUGCAAAGCCCUGACCUCAACUGCAUUAAACACCUUGGGAAUGAGUUUGCGAGCCAGGCCUUCAUGCCCAGUGUCAGUGCCUGGCCUCAAACUGCAUUUGUUGUGGAUGAAGUAAGCACUAUUGUCAAAGAGGCAAUAGAAGGAGCCAUUGGAGGCAAUUCGUAUCAACACAGCAGAGUGAACCAGUGGACAAACAAUGUGGUGGAGCAGUGUCUCAGUCAACUCAGCAAACUAGGCAAACCUUUUAAGUACAUCGCAACAUGCAUUAUUAUGCAGAAGAAUGGAGCUGGUUUGCAGACUGCUUGCUCGUGUUUUUGGGACAACACUACAGAUGGCAGUUGCACAGUCAGAUGGGAAAAUAAAUCGAUGUACUGCAUUGUCAGCGUCUUUGGACUUUCCAUUUAAAUUGUGCUGGUCGAAAUUGGUGAAAAUACUGGCCAUUCGUUUCCUGUAACAAGCUGCAUUCCAUAUCAAAUACUGUUUCAAACUAAAUUUGUUUUUACACCUACUUGUUUGUGUUGUAAAUAUAAAUCCUUAGGAAUUAC